GCAGCACCCCCCUGCCGACCGCUCCGCCGCCAUGGAGGAUAUGAAGGAGUACAGCAACAUAGAGGAGUUCGCGGAGAGAUCCAAGAUCAACGCGAGCAAGAAUCAGCAGGAUGACGGUAAAAUGUUUAUUGGAGGCUUGAGCUGGGAUACGAGCAAGAAAGAUCUGACUGAAUAUUUGUCUCGAUUUGGAGAAGUUGUAGACUGUACAAUUAAAACAGAUCCGGUCACGGGAAGAUCAAGAGGAUUUGGAUUUGUGCUUUUCAAAGAUGCUGCUAGUGUCGAUAAGGUUUUGGAACUGAAAGAACACAAACUGGAUGGCAAAUUGAUAGACCCGAAAAGGGCCAAAGCUUUAAAAGGGAAAGAACCCCCUAAAAAGGUUUUUGUGGGUGGAUUGAGUCCAGAUACUUCUGAAGAGCAAAUUAAAGAAUAUUUUGGAGCCUUUGGAGAGAUUGAAAACAUUGAACUUCCCAUGGAUACAAAAACAAAUGAAAGAAGAGGGUUUUGCUUUAUCACAUACACAGAUGAAGAGCCAGUAAAAAAAUUGUUGGAAAGCAGAUACCAUCAAAUUGGUUCUGGGAAGUGUGAAAUCAAAGUUGCACAACCUAAAGAAGUAUAUAGGCAGCAACAGCAACAACAAAAAGGAGGAAGGGGUGCUGCAGCUGGUGGCCGAGGUGGUACUAGGGGUCGUGGCCGAGGUCAGGGCCAAAACUGGAACCAAGGAUUUAAUAACUAUUAUGAUCAAGGAUAUGGAAAUUACAAUAGUGCCUAUGGUGGUGAUCAAAACUAUAGUGGCUAUGGCGGAUAUGAUUAUACUGGGUAUAACUAUGGGAACUAUGGAUAUGGACAGGGAUAUGCAGACUACAGUGGUCAACAGAGCACUUAUGGCAAGGCAUCUCGAGGGGGUGGCAAUCACCAAAAUAAUUACCUGCCAUACUAAAGGAGGACUCUGGAGAAAACAGGAGAUGCUAAAGAAGUCCAUCUUGCAGGAGGACACUGAAGAUUGGUCUUCUGUUGAUCUAAGAUGAUUAUUUUGUAAAAGACUUUCUAGUGUACAAGGCACAAAUGUGUCCGACUGUAUAUAGCCACCAACUAGUUUUGUUUUUACUUUGUCCUUUGCUAUCUGUGUUACGACUCAAUGUGGAUUUGUGUUUAUACAAAUUUUAUUUGUAUGAUUUCAUGUUAAACCUCAA